GAAGAGGCGGCAGCCCGCUCUGCGCCUGCGCGGGGGGCUGCUGCGGUGCAUGCUGGGCGCCUCUCCCCCUCCCUUCCCCUUCCCCUUUCUUCCCGCGGUGACUGUGCACAUAACCGGCUGAGGCGGUGUCGCUGCUGCUACUGUUGCUCUCGCCGCCGGUCCUUCUUCUGCCGGGAUGGUCGGGGUGAAAGUGAUCGCCAACGACGCCGAGUUCCAGAGCGAACUGAGCGCGGCGGGCUCCCGGCUGGUGGUGGCGAAGUUCACCAUGAGAGGAUGUGGUCCAUGUUUAAGGAUAGCUCCUGCUUUCAAUGCUCUAAGCAAUAAAUAUCCACAAGCAACAUUUUUGGAAGUUGAUGUACAUCAGUGCCAAGGAACAGCAGCAACCAACAAUAUAUCUGCAACCCCAACAUUUCUUUUCUUCCGGAACAAAGUACGAAUCGACCAUUAUCAAGGCGCUGAUGCUGUGGGAUUAGAAGAGAAAAUCAAACAGCACCUAGAAAAUGACCCUGGAAAUAAUGAGGACACUGAUAUUCCAAAAGGAUAUAUGGAUUUGAUGCCAUUUGUUAAUAAAGCUGGCUGUGAAUGCCUCAAUGAAAGUGAUGAACAUGGUUUUGAUAACUGUUUACGUAAGGACCCUACCUAUCUGGAAUCAGACUGUGAUGAGCAGCUUCUCAUUACAGUAGCUUUUAAUCAGCCUGUCAAACUUUAUUCUAUGAAAUUUCAUGGGCCUGAUAAUGGUCAAGGUCCAAAGUAUGUUAAAAUAUUUAUCAACCUCCCUCGAUCAAUGGAUUUUGAAGAGGCAGAAAGAAGUGAACCCACACAAGCCCUGAAACUAACAUCAGAUGACAUUAAAGAAGACAGUAUUAUCCAGCUCCGCUAUGUAAAGUUUCAGAAUGUUAACAGUGUAACUUUAUUUGUUCAGUCCAAUCAAGGUGAUGAGGAAACGACAAGAAUUACAUACUUCACAUUUAUUGGAACACCAGUCCAAGCAACAAACAUGAAUGAUUUCAAACGGGUAAUACACAUGGGCCACUUGAGCAUUUCCCCCUCUGAAUGGUGGUAGGCAAGAAAGGAGAGAGCCACUAGAAUGCAAGGAAAAUACUGGAAGGCCUUAUUGCAGUCAACAUGGGAUCCUCGCCCAUCUCCAAUUCCUGGGAAACUGCUUGAUCAUAACCAGAGAGACUGUCAGUCUGUUCCAUUUUAAUACCAUUACAAAUAAAUCACUGCAUUUUGUUAAUACGGGAUUUCACUGAAGUGUUUUCUGUUGUAAUCUUGAAGCAUAAAUUUGUAAAUAAAAUCCAUUAAUUUUGCCAA